CGAAGCUACGAGACAGCAAAAGACGAAUUCGAAAUCGCCACCGAAAGCACGGAUGCGGCCACGAUCUACGCGGCCUCGGACCGGGAGGCGGCGCGCGACGCGCUGAACGAGCUGCUGGCGGUGUACACGCUGUACACGCGGGACGUGUCGCUGCUGGACGCGGCGGGGCGGUCCGGGGUGGAGAAGCUGCUGGGCGCGGAGGGCGGGGAGGAGGUGCGGAUCGACACCGGGUUGAAUCCGCAGGGGAUUGAGGAUGGGGUGCGGCAGGAGGUGCGGCGGAGGGUUGGGCAGCGGGUGCGGGAGUUGAAGGCGGCGGUUGAGGGGUUGGAGGAGAGGGCGGGGGAGGAAUAA